AUGGCGGCAUGGAGCCUGGCCGCAGCAGCGCCUCUGCUCCGCGGGAUCUGCGGGCUUCCACUUCACCAUGGGAUGUUUGACACCCAGACUGAGGGGGAGCUCAGAGUGACCCAAAUUCUCAAAGAAAAGUUUCCACGAGCUACAGCUAUCAAAGUCACUGACAUUUCUGGAGUUGUGGGACGAUGCACUAAAAGAAUAAAUCAAAGAGAUGCAUGGAUUGCGGAUAUCUACCUCUGUCCCCAAACUCUGACCACAUCCUGGCUGCAUAGAUGCUGCUGCUUAAGACCUUGGAUGAACUUGACUGACAUCAUUCUUCCCUAAGCAUUCACCAAAAAAUUUAUAUAUUUUGC